AGCUGAAGCAGAGUGAGGCAGUACUCUGGGCCGUGCGGAACGCCGCCCCUCAGCACCACUGGAUUACCGAGCGAACGCCGGAGCGCCCAGUGCGGCAGCGAGGCAGAGCUUUGGGAAGUACGCUGGACUCAGCACCGAGCCGCCUGUCCUUCCCCGGGCUGUCCCCCUGGCUGUCCUCUUCACCGGCCCUCCCUCUCUCUCUCGUGGACAGUCACAGCCUGCAGAUCGGCCGGCUUGGCCACUGAAGACCAGUGGAAACACCAAAACUGGACUGGACUGGACUGGACUGGACUGGACAGAGGGAAUCAGUUGCAAGAGAUCGUCUGAAGCAGAUCAUGCCCCCUAGAUAGCAGGCCUGCCCCGGAGGACAGGAUGCCCCCCCGGAAACGGACCCGCCCCGCCCUGGGGUUCCUGUGCUGCUUCGGCAGCAGCGAACCCCCGGAGAUCAACCUGAAGGACAGCGUUCCCCUACAGCUCCUGGAGUUCAGCGCCCCCAUGCCCCUGGCAGAGGAACUGCACGCUCGCUUCUCCGAGCUGGUGGAUGAGCUCGACCUCACAGAUAAGAACAGGGAGGCCAUGUUUGCUCUGCCCGCUGAGAAGAAAUGGCAAAUAUACUGCAGCAAGAAAAAGGAGCAGGAGGACCCAAACAAGUUGGCCACCAGCUGGCCCGACUACUACAUCGAUCGCAUCAACUCCAUGGCUGCCAUGCAGGCCUUGUUCGCCUUCGACGAGGAGGAGAUGGAGAUGAGGAACAAGGUGGUGGAGGACCUGAAGACGGCGCUGCGCACUCAGCCAAUGAGGUUCGUGACGCGCUUCAUCGAGCUAGACGGGCUGACGUGCCUGCUGAACUUCCUGAAGAGCAUGGACUUCGAGACGUCGGAGAGCCGGAUCCACACGUCCGUCAUCGGCUGCAUCAAGGCGCUGAUGAACAACUCGCAGGGCCGGGCGCACGUGCUGGCCCACCCCCAGAGCAUCAACACCAUCUCCCAGAGCCUGCGCCAGGACAACACCAAGACCAAGGUGGCGGUGCUGGAGAUCCUGGGCGCCGUCUGCCUGGUGCCGGACGGGCACAAGAAGGUGCUGCAGGCCAUGGUGCACUACCAGAAGUACGCCGCAGAGAGGACCCGCUUCCAGACGUUGCUGAACGAGCUGGACAGGGGCACGGGACGCUACAGAGACGAGGUCAACCUGAAGACGGCGAUCAUGUCCUUCAUCAAUGCCGUGCUCAAUGCAGGCGCCGGGGAGGACAACCUGGAGUUCCGGCUCCACCUCAGGUACGAGUUCCUGAUGCUCGGAAUCCAGCCCGUGAUUGACAAGCUGAGGGGACACGAGAACGCCACUCUGGACAGACACCUGGACUUCUUUGAGAUGGUGCGGAACGAGGAUGACUCGGAGCUGGCCAAACGCUUCGACAUGGUGCACGUGGACACAAAGAGCGCAGGCCAGAUGUUUGAGCUGAUCAAGAAGAAGCUGAACCACACGGAAGCUUACCCCUACCUGCUGUCCAUCCUGCAGCACUGUCUGCAAAUGCCCUACAAGCGCGGGGCGGGGAGCCUGCAGCAGUGGCAGCUCCUCGACCGGAUCCUCCAACAGAUCGUGCUGCAGGACGAGAAGGGCGACGACCCCGACGUGGCCCCCCUGGACAACUUCAGCGUCAAGAGCAUCAUCCGCAUCUGGGGAACCCAGUGUGCUUCCAGGUUGGUGAACGAGAACGAGGUCAGACAGUGGAGAGACCAGGCAGAGAAGUUCAGGAAAGAGCACGCGGAGCUGCUGGCUCGCCUGGAGAAGAAGGAGAGGGAGUGCGAGGCGAAGACGCAGGAGAAGGACGACAUGAUGAGGACUCUCAACAAGAUGAAGGACAAGCUGCAGAGGGAGGGGGUGGAGCUACGCAGCGCUCGGGAGCAAGUCAUCGACCUGUCCACCCGCAUCAACGACUACUCAGGCAGCAGUGUUCCUUUCCCCCCUCCCCCUCCACCUCCGGGGGAUCCCUUGGCCCCUCUUCCGCCCGCCACGAUGGGCGGCUUCCCGCCUCCCCCUCCCCCGCUCCCCUUCUCCUGCCCGCCCCCGCCCCCUCCCCCGCCCCCUCCUCCCGGAGCUCCGCCCCUCUUCUGCUCGGGAGUCCCGCCCCCUCCGGGCCCCCCGGCGUUCGGCUCGGCCGCCACCCAGCGCAAGAAGUCCAUCCCCCAGCCCUCGCACCCGCUAAAGUCCUUCAACUGGUCCAAGCUGGGUGAGAACAAGAUUACCGGCACCAUCUGGCAUGACAUCGAUGACCUGCGGGCCUUCGAGAUCCUGGACCUGAAGGACAUCGAGAAGAUGUUCUCAGCCUACCAGAGACAGCAGGAGGUGCUCACUAACCAAUCCUUCAGACAGAAAGAGUCGGGCUCCAUGGACGACCUCUACCUGAGCACUCGCAAGGUGAAGGAGCUGUCAGUCAUCGAUGGCCGCCGAGCGCAGAACUGCGUCAUCCUCCUCUCCAAGUUGAAAAUGAGCAACGAGGAGAUCAAACGGGCCAUCCUGGAAAUGGAUGAGAGAGAGGAGCUGGCCAAGGACAUGCUGGAGCAGCUGCUGAAAUUCGUCCCGGAGAAGAGCGACAUCGACCUGCUGGAGGAGCACAAGCACGAGCUGGAGCGCAUGGCGAGGGCCGACCGCUUCCUGUUCGAGAUGAGCAGGAUCGAUCACUACCAGCAGCGGCUGCAGGCCCUGUUCUUCAAGAAGAAGUUCGCGGAGCGGCUCGCCGAGACCAAGCCGAAGGCCGAAGCCAUCCUGUGCGCCUCACGGGAGGUGAUGAGGAGCAAGCGGUUGACUAAAACGCUGGAGGUGGUCCUGGCCUUCGGGAACUUCAUGAACAAGGGCCAGAGGGGAAACGCCUACGGCUUCAAGGUGUCCAGCCUCAACAAGAUCGCAGACACCAAGUCCAGCAUAGACAGGAACAUCACCAUGCUGCACUACCUGAUCAUGAUCUUUGAGAAGAACUACCCUGACAUCCUGCGCAUCCAGGAAGAGCUGCACAGCGUACCUGAGGCAGCCAAAGUCAAUCUUGCUGAGCUGGAGAAGGAGGUCUUCAGCCUCAAGAGUGGACUGAAGGCUUUAGAGGAGGAGCUGCAGUAUCAGCAGAGGGGCACGCGGGAACGCGGGGACAAGUUCGCCCCGGUGGUCGGCGACUUCAUCACCGUGGCCAGCUUCAGCUUCUCCGAGCUGGAGGAGCAGCUCAACGAGGCCAAGGAGAAGUUCUCUAAGGCGCUGAAGCACUUUGGGGAGGAGCAGGGCCGGAUGCAGCCGGACGAGUUCUUCGGGAUCUUCGACACCUUCCUGCAGUCGUUCGGAGAAGCCAGGCAGGACCUGGAGAACAUGCAGCGUCGCAAGGAGGAGGAGGAGAAGAGGGCACAGAUGGAGGCCAUGCUGAAGGCGCAGCGAGAGAGGGAGAGGAGGGCGAAGAAGAGCGCCGGCGGGAGCGUGUCGGAGGAGGGAGGGGGCGAGUUCGACGACCUGGUGUCGGCGCUGCGCUCGGGCGAGGUCUUCGACAAGGACCUGUCCAAGCUGAAGCGCAACCGCAAGCGCUCCACCAAGGAGCUGGCGGAGGGAGCCGGGCGGGAGAGACCCGUCACCAAGGUCAACUAUUAACCCCUGACCCCCGACCCCUGACCCCUGACCCCCUGGCCCCGCGUCGGACCGUUCGGCUCACGGCCGCGCACCUGAAGGAUAGUAGACACACCACCCAAAAGA